GCUAUAAUAUAUCUUCCAGCUUUCUACUCCACACUUGCUUUCUGUUCCCAUUUGUCCCCAUUUCCAAAAUGUCCUCUGAAGCCGCUGUGUUGCCAACUCCCCCUAAUCUCAAGGACCAGGUCCAUGUCGACGCUGUUGAAGUUAAGAAGCAAACCACCUCUUCUAUCAAGUCCUUUAUUGCUGGUGGCUUCGGUGGUGUUUGUUCUGUCUUGGUGGGACAACCUUUUGACUUGGUCAAGGUUCGACUUCAAACUACUGAAGGUAUCUACAAAAGCACCUUUGAUUGCUUUGCCCAAACUGUCAAGAAAGAUGGUAUCUUUGGAUUAUACCGUGGAAUGUCCACUCCACUUGUCGGCGUCACUCCCAUCUUUGCUGUGAGCUUUUGGUCUUAUGAUCUCGGCAAGAAGUUGGUCUACUUGGCUACCCCCAACCGAGAAUCCAAAUCCUUGUCUACUGCUGAGAUUGCCUUAGCUGGUGCUUUCUCUGCUGUUCCCACUACCAUGUUCAUGGCUCCUUCAGAGCGCAUCAAGGUCUUGUUGCAAAUUCAGGGCCAAGGUGGCGAACAAAAAUACAAGGGUCCUGUUGAUGUUGUGCGACAAUUGUACAAGGAAGGUGGUAUGAAGUCCAUUUUCAGAGGCACUGGUGCCACUUUGAUGCGUGAUGCUCCUGGAUCUGCCGUCUACUUUGCUGCUUAUGAAAUAACGAAGAAGAGCCUUGCUACUGAAGGAAAGGAUUUGGAACCCGCCAAGGUUCUCUUUGCUGGUGGUAUGGCUGGUGUUGCUAUGUGGACUAUCGCUAUUCCACCAGAUGUUAUCAAGUCUCGAUUGCAAUCUGCCCCCGCUGGAACCUACACUGGUGCUGGUGAUGUUCUCAAGCAAAUCCUGAAGAAGGAGGGCCCUAGUGCUUUAUUCAAGGGUCUUGGCCCUGCUAUGCUUCGCGCCUUCCCUGCCAACGCCGCCACCUUCCUUGGUGUCGAACUUGCCACCAGCGCUAUGAACAAGCUCUUUUAGAUGGUUGUUAGAUAAUUUUUGUACAUUUUAUUCUUUACGAAUUAGAAAAAAUACACCUCUUGCUAUUUCUGGAAAUGGGUUCGCAUGAUGCUAUCAUUGUCAUCGAUG